AUGGAAAACCCAGUGGCUGAAAUACCAACCGUCAUCCGGCUUCUGACACAGUCGCCGCCAUCAUUGCAAGAAACGGUUCUUGAGCGAUAUUUUACCAACAAUGCAUCCUUCAUCCAUCCAUUCUGCAGAGUUCCCAGCUUCGAAGGAAGCAGAUGGUGGAUUGCAAAGAUCUUCCAGUGGUACAAGAUCAUGUCACCUCGAAUUGAGCUAGAGGUGCACUCGAUUGCAUUUGACGAGGAUAAGCUUAAGCUCUAUGUGACCAUGUCCCAGAUCUUCUCAAUUUGGCUUGUUCCCUUUCAUGUCGCCCCGGCAACUCUGACAAGCGUCCUGGAUUUGACGUACGAGUCAGUUCGGAGUGAUGUUACCACCAAUGGUGACCAUAGGGCGUACUACAUCUCUAAACAGGAAGAUCUGUAUCAGACUUCGGAGUUUAUCAAGUUCGUCAUGCCGCACAUCGGAUAUUGGCUGAUUUAUGGCUGGCAUCUGAUUGCAACCCUUUUCUGCGUCUUUGGGGUGGCCUUGCUGUGGCCCAUACUAUGGCUGGAAGAGAAUCGUUAUAUCCCUGGCCGCUUUUUGCGAGGGGGCAAUCUGGCUUAUAACAUGGAGAAGAAGAUUCCUGAAAUCAAGGAACAGCAAUAG